GCCGGCUCCGCGGCCAUGUGACCUGCGGGCGGCCGGCCGGGACGGGACGGGACGCGCUGGGGCUGGCGGCGCGGGUCUGGGCGCUGCCGGGCGGGGGUGGCAUGGAGCGGAGGUGGGUCUUCGUGCUGCUCGACGUGCUGUGCGUGCUGGUCGCCUCUCUGCCUUUCGCCAUCCUGACGCUCGUGAAUGCCCCGUACAAGCGAGGGUUCUACUGCAGUGAUGACUCCAUCCGGUACCCCUACCGUCCAGACACCAUCACUCAUGGGCUCAUGGCCGGGGUCACCAUCACGACCACCGUCAUCCUUGUCUCAGCCGGAGAGGCCUACCUGGUGUACACGGACCGGCUCUACUCCCGCUCCAACUUCAACAACUACCUGGCCGCCGUCUACAAGGUGCUGGGGACGUUCCUGUUCGGGGCGGCCGUGAGCCAGUCCCUCACAGACCUGGCCAAGUACAUGAUUGGCCGGCUGAGGCCCAACUUCCUGGCGGUGUGUGACCCCGACUGGAGCCGGGUCAACUGCUCCGUCUACGUCCAGGUGGAGAAGGUGUGCAGGGGGAGCCCUGCCAACGUCACCGAGUCCAGAUUGUCUUUCUACUCUGGACACUCCUCCUUUGGGAUGUACUGCAUGAUGUUCUUGGCGCUCUACGUGCAGGCGCGGCUCUGCUGGAAGUGGGCACGGCUGCUGCGGCCCACGGUGCAGUUCUUCCUGGUGGCCUUUGCCCUCUAUGUGGGCUACACCCGAGUAUCUGACCACAAACACCACUGGAGUGAUGUCCUCGUGGGCCUCCUGCAGGGGGCACUGGUGGCCGGCCUCACUGUUCGCUACAUCUCCGACUUCUUCAAAACCCGGCCCCCCCAGCACUGCCUGGAAGAAGGGGAGCUGGAACGGAAGCCCAGCCUGUCCCUGACGCUGACCCUGGGCGAGGCUGACCGCAACCACUAUGGGUACCCGGUCUCCAACUCCUGAAGCAGGAAGCCGCCCCGGCAGGGCCUCCGGCUGGAGCUCAGGCCGUGGGUCGGGAUGCUGGUGGUGGCAGGGCCCUCACCUGGGAUAGCAGUGAAGUGCUCCAGGCGCCAGGCGCUCCAGGCUGGUUCCCAGGGGGGUUUCCUGUGGAACCCACCUCCUGUGCACUGGACAAUGGGCUCGGUCCUACCCAGACUGCCCUAAUGUUCGGAUGGGAACGGAACCCUCCGGUGUGAAUAGAGCUCCCUCAGUACCACUUCUUUUGUUGGCUUAGGGGAGGGACCAAGAGAUCUAGACAAACGCUGUUUUUGUAAAAU